GUAAUUGUUAUUCCGGUAUUCGAUGGAAACCCAUAUUAUCUUGGUUUAUUUUACCUGAGCUGCUACUUAUUCCUAGUUUCAAUUUCUUAGGACCAGUUUACGAAGAUUGCGCAUGUGGCAGAGACGCUCCAAAAAAUGUGACAACACAACGGCCAGUCGUGACGGCUGCAAUCCCAAAUUGGUGUUUUAGUCCGUCUGGUACAGAUUGUAGUUGGUACAAGGACUGUCUAGAGAAACGUUAUCCUUGCAAGGAGCAUGGUAAUUCAUAUGCCUUGGAUUACGCCGAGAAAUUUUGUAACUUAUAUCAAGACCAUUACGAAGAGUUUAACAACAUUGGUCAAGAAUGGAUCGAUGCUGUAAGAAAAUGUCUACAAGUGAAGCUUGUACCCAUCCUUAGACCAUUUGUAAUGGCAACAUGUGAGAGCAUCAGACAACAGGCAUUCGAAUCUCACUCUGGAUGCUAUCUUCAUCCGGAUGUUGGAAAGCCAUCUAUCUGUGACAUUGGCGGUGUUAAUUGGGCACGUAUAUUUUGGACAGUUAAGAGUGCGCUAAUUCAAGACGCGACGGCAACCUUAAAACAGAUGCUUGACGUUGUUGAAGCAUGUGGGUCAGAUAUACUUUCUACUGGAAUGGAGAAGAUACAGAUGAUAUUCCGACAAACAACGGAAAUUGUCCUGAGUGACUUAAACCAAUUUGCCGAAAGUAUUUCAGAGCAAAUAGCAAGUCAGAUGGAUUGGUACAAAAGAGGCAUAAUCUUUUUUGGGUUCCCGACUUUCACAAGUUACAAUCGUUUUAAACGUUCUGCUGACAAUAAGACUGACCUUUUUUACAUCAACCUCCUGAUUGCUUCAAAAUCUGAAUUCGACCUUAACGCCAAUAGUAGCCAUAAAGUUAAUGUAUCAACGGAGGCGACAAGUGUUGCUAAAGCCAUUGAAAACGGCGAUGCUCGCUUACAAAUUCCAGAGGGGACGGAGUUUACAGAAUUAAGUCUUUGUGUCGACUACAGCUGUACCGAAACUUCUUUACAAAUAAAACCAGCACCGCCAGAGAAGAAGGAUGGGGAUGGAGUAAAUGCUAUACUAAUAAUCAUCAUUGUAUGUUCAGUAACUUUCGGAAUAGCUCUUAUAGUUUCAGUAGUUGUUAUAUUGCGUAAAUUUAACAAGUGUUAAACCGCAAAGUGCAUACAAGUUAUGUGGUAAAGCGCAAAGAAUUCUUUCUUUUUUUCUUUUUUAAUUAUUACACCAUUUUCGUCCUUUGUAUAUAUAGUUAACGCUUUAUCCUUUAGCACUAGCGUAUAUACAAUGGGAAUAUGACAUCUGUCGUUAGUGUAUGUGUUAAAGACGGUAACGAGGCUCCUUUUCUUGUUUAACGUAAACUAGUUUUAUUUUGCACAAUUUUCUGAUUGUAGAAUACGAAUAAAAAUAAUUCAUCCAUAUAGGUGGUGUUGGCAUGACUGUGUCUCAUGCAUAAAAGUGGCCGAAUGACGCUAAAUAAACCACGCAACUUUGUUGCACUCACUAGAAAAUUCAAUCUGAUUUGCAGAAAAUACUGUGUACUACUGUGAAGAUAGUAUUUUAACUUAAAGCCGUAUGCCUUCAGAUGAGCUAAAAUAUUUCAAGAAAAUCAAACUUGAGAAACAUGUACUUAGAUUUCAAGAAAAGAAAAAAAGAUUCAAGAUUCAAAUAACGCAGUAAGGGUUAUUUUAGCAUAUUCUGGCAUAUUUAUGUUAGAUUAAAUGGCUUGUAAAUGUCCUUUGUUAUGCGUGAAUUACUAUCUGUUCACGUCACAAUAUUUAUCCUGUAUAUAAGUUUUCAAAAUUUUCAUGAAAUUUAGCAUAAAUCUGGAAGCAUGCUGCUUUAAACAAUUUUAGGCAUGCGUAUGUAUUUUCGCAAAGACAUAUUUCCAGCAUAAAGGCAUUUUUAAAAUGUUUAUAAGUAAUGUUUUUGAGCUGUUUUUCGUCUAUUAUCUUAGUUGAAAAAAAAGACAGAAACUGCGUAUACCGUUAGUUUAAAUUCUACUGAAUUUUGCGUAUUGUAUAUUAUGUAUGUAUUAUAUAUCAGUAUAUUUGGAGACAUAAAAAGAUAGAUUUUGAAUAUAUAUUCUGGUACAUAAUGAUGCCUCUUUUUCUUACAUGUUUUAUUGGUGUUUUUGUGGUGUUUUACUUUUAGAAAAUAUAGCAGAUUGUUCAUUACCUUUUACGUGGCGUCGUUUACCAUUUUAUUUUAAUUUCAUGAACAUUUGAACUGAUGCAGGGCCUAUACAAUUUUAACCAAAUUUAAUGUGAAGUUCUGUUCAAGAAUAAUAGAGAAAUCAAAGAUAUAUUCCUCUGCUUAUUUGUAUGUGUUUGAACAAAGUGACCAAUAAAGGCAUAUUAUUCUA